AUGCAAGCUUCUCCUUCUGACCCGUUAGUAGCUCUUGAGGCUUUAAUGUGGGAACAUAUGACUCGCACAGAAGCUAUUGUGCAAGGGAACUUAUCUUUUAUUCGAGCGUUAGUGGCACAAUUAGGACAACUUGCUUCGAAUCUGAAUACUCGAUCACCGGGCACACUACCUAGUGACACGGAAAAUCCCAGUCCGAGAGAGAAAGAACACUGCAAGGCUAUCACUCUUAGGAAAGGUAAACAAAUUGGUGAGCCGACUAUAGAGUCUGUUGUAGCACCUCAAGAUAUUGGUAAAGUGAUCACUGGUGAGAAAGUUGAAUCUGAAAAGCUUGUCGAUGUACUAGAUAAGGAAAUUCCACAACUUGUCACUCAUAUGCCUAAUGUUCGAUCCUCGAAACUGUCAAUGCAAUCAAAUGUGUUGGAGGUCUUGUCUAAGAAGAAGAAGCUUAGUGAUAUGGAAACUAUUGCACUCAUUGAGGGCUAUAGUGUUGUUUUGAAAAAUAAGUUGCCCUCCAAAAUGAAAGAUCUUGGGAGCUUUACUAUCCCAUGUUCAAUUGGCAACUAUUAUUUGGGUAAGGCUUUAUGCUACUUGGGAGCUAGCAUCAACCUAAUGCCACUAUCUACUCUCAGAAAGUUGGGAAUUGGUCAUAUUAAACCUACUAUAGUGACAUUACAACUAGCUGAUCGAUCAUUGGCUCAACUUAAAGGGCAAAUCAAAGAUAUCUUAGUUCAUGUGGAUAAAUUCGUUUUUCUGGCUGAUUUUGUCAUACUUGGUUGCGAGGCAGAUAUGAAGGUUCCCAUAAUCUUGGGACGACCAUUUUUAGCCAUCAGAUGA